AUGCCUGGGCCAAAAACAAAGAAAUCGCCUGUCGUUUUAAAAGACAAGAGCUUACAAGCAGUUGUUGACUACAUUAAAGAAAAUGAAGUCAAGAAUGUAAUUGUGAUGUCAGGUGCAGGUAUCUCGACAGCGGCAGGCAUCCCUGAUUUCCGAACAAAAGGCACUGGGCUUUACGACAAUCUUCAAAAAUUCAAUCUUCCAUAUGCUGAGGCUAUUUUCGAUAUCGAAUAUUUUAUGGAAACACCAGAGCCAUUUUAUGCUUUAGCCAAAGAACUCUAUCCUGGAAGACACUUUCCCACAAAGGUUCAUUACUUUAUUCGUCUCUUGGACGAAAAAAAGAUGCUCUUACGAAACUAUACGCAAAAUAUCGAUACUCUAGAACGCCUAUCUGGCUUGUCCCCGGAACGCAUCAUUGAAGCCCAUGGCAGUUUUGCAACUGCUUCUUGUGUCGAAUGCGAUAAAACAGCCGACCCUGGCUUCGUUAAGAAUAAGGCUCUAAAAGCCGAAGUAGCAAGAUGCUCAGAAUGUAAUGGAUUAAUUAAGCCUGACAUUACUUUCUUUGGUCAAUCUUUACCUGAACGCUUCCACAAUAACCUAUCAGACUUUGAUAAUGCUGACUUGCUUAUUGUUAUUGGCACUAGCUUAAUGGUUCAUCCAUUUGCUGGACUGGUUGACCAUGUUCCAGGAAAUGUACCUCGAUUACUGAUUAAUAUGGACGAAGCAGGUGUAGUAAGUAACACAAAGAGAGAUGUAGCUGUAUUAGGCUCUUGUGAUAAAAGUAUUGAGAAACUGGCACAAAUGUUAGGAUGGGCAGUAAGUGUAAAAAAAGUUGAUGCUGAGAAAUGA